UUGUUGUGUGGUUUUCGGAGAGAGAUCGAUGCUGUCUGCGUGCAGUGUUCAUCUCCCACACGUGUGUUCAUUAAAAUCAUCGUUUGACUUGACGCGGCCGGACCAGUGUUGUUAUUUUGGUUUUCCUCCUGUAUCCAUCCCCAAUAUUUUGAACCCGUGACAAUACCUUAUCAUAUACAUAAUUUAUCUUUCAGUAAUCCAAGAAGCAGGAAACAGUAAAAAUCUCCCAGAACGUGGUGUUAUUGAGUUUUGAGUUUUCAGCCACAUGUUGCCUUCACUGUCACUAAAAGCAGCUGGAGGAGAUCUCUGCUUGGUGUAAAGAGGAAGGUCUUCCUCCUGACUCCUCAAAGGAAGCUCAGCUGUGUUUGCUAUGGCGUGCCCUUCAGCACACAAUGAGCCGCCUCAGCAAAGUGACCAGAGACCUGGAAACCCACCGCUCUCAGCACUUAGCAGAAAUGGCGGAGGUACGCAAGUCGCUGGAGCAGAUCAGAUUCUUCACGGAGCACAAAAAUGUUUUGGCUCAGGAGAUACAAGAAGAGAAUGAUCACCUUAAGGAGCAGCUGCGGCGCCUAAUAUCACUUCAAGAUGCCCAGAUUAGCGAGGUGGCUAAAAUGCUGUACCAACAGGUUCUCACAGAGUUGAUUUACAGCAGCCCCAGUGAGCAGGUGGCAUACCUCCUGGUGGAGAGGGCUUCCCUGCUUGAGACAAGUGAGCUUACAGACAAGAUGACGGGAUAUGGAAACACAGCCAAUCAUAUGGGGAAAGGAGCACAAGUGAAGAGCACCGGCGUAUCCCAGGCUGCCCACAAGGGGGCACCACGUCAUGGGCAGAGCAGGUGGAAAAAACUCUUUGGACUCAAGUCUUCACAGAACAAACAUACUUUUAUUCCUGCUGAGGCCAGAUUUUUGGCUGGCCAGGAAAGCAGUUUGGGGAGAGAAUGCUCCCGGCUGGAGCGGGACCUGGAGGAGGGCUCCCGUCAGCUGGCAAUGGCGCACAAUGAGAUCCGGCGUUUGACUGAUGAGCUGGAGUCUGCUCAUUUGACCCAGAGAGCACAUGAGCCUGAGCUGCAAUCAGCACAGCAGGAGAUGGAGCAGCUCCGGCAGGAGGUAGAAAAGCUGAAGAAAUAUGGUCGUGUCGCUGCAAGAAGAAGCAGAGCAGCUGAAGGCAGCCUUACAGGAGGAGCUCCUAACUAAACAGACUCCAGCCAAACAAGUAACAGAGAUGACUGAAGUUGUGUCUCUAAAGAAGAAGGCAGAGCGACUGGAGUCAGCCCUACAAGAGCAGCAGCAGCAACUUCUCACUGUGCGAGUUCAGGCCAACCAUGCCAAUGAAUUAGCCAAAUCUCAAACAGCAGAGCUGGUACAGAGCAAUAAGACCUGCAGACGUUUGCAAGAAAAGCUCACUGCAGAGAUGAGAAGCCUUUUGGAAAAAGAGGAAACUCUAUUAUAUAUCGGCCACCUACAGGGAGGAGGUGGAGGAGGUGGAUCGUCUGGCUGAGU